AUGGCCCGAGUGAAAGGAGAAUUCCUGGAUGUGUUGCUGCUUCUGCUUCUGCUGCUGCUGUCUGUUCAGACCCUGCCCCUAGUAGCAGCAGGAGAUCCACACAAUUGUGAUGCUCCGUUGGCGGCUUCUUUGCCUCAGUUAUCCUUCAGCAGCUCCUCACAGCUGUCUAGCAGUCAUGGCCCUGGCUUUGCAAGACUAAAUAGAAGAGAUGGAGCUGGUGGAUGGACACCACUUGUAUCAAAUAAAUAUCAGUGGCUGCAGAUUGACCUUGGAGAACGAAUGGAGGUCACUGCUGUGGCUACCCAGGGUGGAUAUGGGAGUUCUGACUGGGUGACCAGCUACCUCCUGAUGUUCAGUGAUGGUGGAAGGAACUGGAAACAGUAUCAUCAAGAAGAAAGCAUCUCGGGAUUUCCAGGAAACACAAAUGCGGACAGUGUGGUGCAAUAUAGUCUCCAGCCUUCUUUCCACACCAGGUUCCUGCGCUUCCUCCCCUUAACCUGGAACCCUAAGGGCAGGAUUGGAAUGCGGAUAGAAGUAUAUGGGUGUUCAUACAGAAGCGUGAUUCUUAAAGAACUAACCCAGUGUUUUGUUUUUCCUUCCUAAGGCAAUGGAGACCUGCGCCCUGUUAAUUCUAUCAUGAACUUCACCUUAGGCAGCCUUCUGGAUGACCGGCACUGGCACUCAGUGCUCAUUGAGCUCCAAAAUGUGCAUGUGAACUUCACCCUGGACAAAUACAUGCAUCAUGUUCAUGUGAACAAGGAACCCAGUUACUUGGAUCUUAAUUUUGAGAUCAGCUUUGGAGAAAUCCUGAAGCCUGGAGGGCAUUUCCUGACAUUCACACAUAAAAAUUUUCAUGGAUGUUUAGAAAAUAUCUAUUAUAACGGAGUCAAUAUUAUUAAAUUAGCCAAGAAACAUGAAUCACAAAUCCUAAUUAAGGGAAAUGUGUCCUUCACAUGCCCACAACCACAGACAAUUCCAGUGACUUUUCUGAGUUCUGGGAGUUACCUGGCUUUGCCAAGUAGUUUAAGGGAAGAUAAAAUAUCCCUCGCUUUUCAGCUUCGAACGUGGAACAAGGCAGGACGUGUGUUUUUUAGCCAAGUGGGGCAUGGUUCAGGAAGUUUGGUCCUGUUUCUUAAGAAUGGAAAACUGAUACUGAGCCUCUCUGAGCCUGGUCAACCCUUGAAGAACAUCACAACAGGUGCCGUACUGAACGAUGGGCUGUGGCACUCAGUUUCCUUGUCUGCUAAGGGUAGCUACUUAAGCCUCCUGGUAGAUGGAGACUCCUCUGCUCAGACCCUGAUGUCUGUGGGGAUUCAUUUGGUUGACACUUACUAUUUUGGAGGUUGUCCCAACAACAGCUCUAGCUUUGGGUGUGAACAUUCUUUUGGAGGCUUCCAGGGAUGCCUGAAGCUCAUCUUUGUUGGUGACAAAGUAGUGGAUCCUAUUGCAGUACAGCAGGGAGUACUGGGCAGCUUCAGUGACCUCCAGAUAGACUCCUGUGGCAUCGUAGACCGUUGUUUGCCUAGCUACUGUGAGCAUGGAAGUAGAUGUACCCAGUCGUGGGACACUUUCUCCUGUGACUGUGAAGGCACGGGAUACACUGGAACAACCUGCCAUUCCUCCAUCUAUGAACAGUCUUGUGAAGCCCACAGGCACAGAGGGAGCCCUUCUGGACUUUACUACAUUGAUGUAGAUGGAAGUGGACCACUGGCACCAUUUCUUGUGUACUGCAAUAUGACAGCAGACACAGCAUGGACUGUUGUUCAGCAUGGAGGGCCCGAUGUGGUGACAGUCAGAGGUGGCCCAGAAGGACACAUGCGUUCUGCAACCUUCUCCUAUGCUGCCAAUGCAGCACAGCUGCAUGCUGUGGUGGAUGUUGCAGAGCACUGUGAGCAACAGGUGGACCUACAAUGCAGGACCUCAGGGCCCUCAGAUACAGGAGAUGGAACCUCACUGAGCUGGUGGGUUGGAAGAACCAAUGAAACAUACACUUACUGGGGAGGUUCUCUUCCUGAUCCUCAAAAGUGUACUUGUGGAUUAGAAGGGAACUGCAUUGAUUCUCAAUACCACUGCAACUGUGAUGCUGACCAGAAUGAAUGGACCAGUGACACAAUAGUCCUGUCUCAUAAGGAGCACCUGCCAGUCACUGAGAUGGUGGUGACAGACACAGGCCGACCAUACUCUGAAGCUGCUUAUACACUGGGACCUUUGCUUUGCCAGGGAGACAAGUCAUUUUGGAACUCAGCUUCCUUCAACACUGAGGCUUCUUACCUUCAUUUCCCAACCUUCCAUGGAGAGCUCACUGCUGAUGUGCACUUCCUUUUUAAGACCACCAUUUCCUCUGGUGUAUUCAUGGAGAAUCUGGGAAUCACUGACUUCAUCAGAAUAGAGUUGCGUGCUCCCACUGAAGUGACCUUUUCUUUUGAUGUUGGGAAUGGACCUUGUGAGCUCACUAUACAGUCACCGACUCCCUUUAAUGACAACCGGUGGCAUCAUGUUAGAGCAGAAAGGAAUGUUAAGGGAGCAUCUCUUCAGGUAGACCAACUCCCUCAAAAGACACAAUCCACUCCUGCUGAUGGACACAUUCGACUACAGCUCAACAGUCAACUUUUCAUUGGGGGGACGGCCAGCAGGCAGAAGGGCUUCCUGGGAUGUAUCCGGUCCCUUCAGGUGAAUGGAAUGGCACUAGACCUGGAGGAAAGGGCUGUAAUGACACCAGGAGUGGAGCCAGGAUGCUCGGGUCACUGCAGCAGCUAUGGACACCUGUGUCGCAAUGGAGGAAAGUGUCAAGAGAAACACAGAGGGAUUGCUUGUGACUGUGCCUUCUCUGCCUACGAUGGGCCACUGUGCUCACAUGAGAUUUCUGCAUAUUUUGAAACGGGUUCCUCAGUGACCUAUAAUUUUCAAGAAUAUUCCCCCCUAAGUGCAAACACCAGCUACCUGGCUUCUUCAUUGCAUGGGGAUGUCAUUCUGUCCAGAGAAACCAUCACACUGAGCUUCCGAACCACACAGACACCAUGCUUAUUGCUCUAUGUGACCUCUUUCUAUGAGGAAUACCUCUCCGUCAUCCUGGCCAACAAUGGAAGUUUGCAGGUGAGGUACAAGCUGGACAGACAUCGGAAUGUAGAUGCUUUCAACUUUGACCUUAGAAACUUAGCAGAUGGUCACUUUCACCAGCUGAUGAUUGACAGAGAAGAAGCAGUGGUCUCUGUAGAGGUUAACCAGAGUACAAAGAGACAAGUCAUCUUGUCCUCAGGGACUGAAUUCAAUGCUGUCAAAUCGCUCAUAUUGGGAAAGGUUUUAGAACCCCUGGAUGCUGACCCUGAAACACAGCAGGCAGCCGCUCAGGGCUUUACAGGCUGCCUCUCUUCUGUGAGAUUUGGCUUGGAAGUCCCACUGAAGGCUGCACUGAAUCAGGACCAGGCCAGAGUCACUAUUCAAGGCAGUGUGGUCGCUGCAGCUCAUUGUGCAGGAGGCCCUGGCUCUGCAGAGAGGAAACUGUCUCCAGGGCCCUCUAUGGGUGCAGGUCAUUCUGGAUCCGCAGAAGAUAGACAGCCCCUUCCUAACACAGACAGGAGUGACCCUGGGGUCAUUGGAGGAAUAACAGCAGUUGUGAUAUUUAUUUUGCUCUGUGUGUCUGCCAUAGCCAUACGGGUUCAUCAACAGAGAAGAUUACACCAAAAGAAUGAGUCAACAGUUUCAAAAACUGAAGAGUGCUAA